GUUCCGGUUCCACUUGGCAGCAGCAUCAUCGGCAGCACUUUCGCCACAACGACGACGGCGGGAAGUUGCUAUCGCCGUUCCGCCACCCGUUUUCCGCCGAUAACGCGCCAAACUGGGAACAAUCGGCAUUCGACGGAAGCAACUCAGAUGGAUUUGUAACUGGAAGGAGGCCCCAUCGUACUUGAAAAGCUCGGCGUCGCGGGACUUAGCCACGAUGGCUAGCCUCGGAAACCAGGCCGUGAGCAAGCCUGCGUCCGGAAAACAUGGCAACGUACUGCCCCUGUGGGGCAACGAGAAGACGAUGAACCUCAACCCAAUGAUUCUGACCAAUGUUCUGUCCUCUCCUUAUUUCAAAGUCCAGUUGUAUGAGCUUAAGACGUACCACGAAGUGGUGGACGAAAUCUAUUUCAAGGUGACUCACGUUGAGCCAUGGGAGAAAGGAAGCAGAAAGACUGCAGGUCAGACUGGAAUGUGCGGAGGGGUUCGUGGAGUUGGGACCGGAGGGAUUGUGUCAACAGCCUUCUGUCUACUAUAUAAACUGUUUACGCUCAAGCUGACACGCAAGCAAUUGAUGGGCCUCAUCACGCACACGGACUCGCCCUACAUCCGAGCACUCGGCUUCAUGUACAUACGAUACACACAACCCCCGGCCGAUUUAAUAGACUGGUACGACGGCUUCAUGGAUGAUGACGAGGAGCUGGACGUGAAGGCGGGCGGAGGCUGCGUGAUGACGGUCGGCGAGAUGCUGCGCUCCUUCCUCACCAAGCUGGAGUGGUUCUCCACUCUCUUCCCCCGCAUCCCCGUGCCCGUGCAGAAGAGCAUCGACCAGCAGAUGAAGAGCAGGCCUCGGAAGGUGCCUCAGAAGGAGCCGCAGGAGCAAGAGGAGGCCUAUGAAAAUCACGGGCGGCAAGGGGAACGCCGGCGCUCAAGGAGCCCCAGGCGGACGCCGACCCCCAGACGCUCUCCGAAGCGGUCGAGGAGCCGAAGUCACCACCGAGACCGCCACGGCCCCAGCUACGACCGGGAACUGGAAAGGGAGCGGGAACGUCAAAGGAAGGAGAGGGAGGCUAGGGAACGCGAUAGGGACCGGGCCGACAGGGAGAGGAGACGGUCCCGCAGCGCCGAACGGAACCACCAAGAUCGGCGCGAGCGCCGAAGAAGCCGCAGCGGCAGUCGGGACAAAAGGAGCGAGCGCAAAGACAAGGAGCGAGACGGCGGCGAUGACAGGAACAAGAGGAAGGAGCGGGACCACUACAGGGAGCGGCCCCAGGAGAGGGACAGGUCCCGGGAGGAGAAGAAAAGCAAAGGGGAAAGCGACGACCGGAGGCACAAAGACGACAGGGAGAGGCACAGAGACGAGCGCAAGGCCAAGAAGUCCAGCCGGAGUCGGAGCCGGGAGAGGCGGCACAAGAGCGGCGCCGACGACAAGGGCAGGAAGCGGGAGGCCAGCCGGAGCAGGGAGAAGGAACGAGACGCAGAACUGCGCUCGCACAAACGCAGUCGCAGCAGCGAGAGGAGCCAUCACCAGAGAGAGGCCAGCAACGACCACAGCAAACACGGCGACCGGCGAAGGAGUCCCAGCGUUGAGUAAAUGUUUUUGUUUGUUUGUUUUUUAAAUCCAUUUCUCUCACAGACCAAAUGUCACCUGGAGUCGUCUUUAGUUCUGUUUUUUUUUCCUCUCGGCUUUUUCACGUCCUAGCUGGCCAUUGUUAGUCUUCACUCGACUGGAAAAGUGGCAUUUUAAUUUUGUACGGUUUGUUGUUUUGGCCCCUGGAAAAUAUGAUUUUUGUAUAUAUCUAAUAUUUCAGAGACUUGUCUACACAGCAGCAGCUGACAGGAUUUGCAUUCAUUCAUGUGGCGGGAACAGUCAGGCGUAGCAAAAUGCUACCAAGUUUAGCCACAUACCUUGAUUUCUUUUUUUUUUUUUUAAACAAGUCAAUACUGCCUGUUCUCUUCAAGAUGAAGGAAAGCAAUUUGUCCCUGAUUGUCUGUAGACCACCGGAGAAUGUUUCAAUUCCUUCACGUACAGUAAAGACCCCAGCUUGUCAUGUGUUUGGGUUGUUGCAUUUUGUUUUCUAAUAAAACAAUUUUAUGAAUAAGGAGAA